ACAGACAGGCGUUUGCGGCAGUAAUUCUCAGCUUCUCACCCUCAGAGAUGACUAAAUCAUGCAAUGUCUCGGUGUAUCCCUAACAACCUGGAGGAUCUGAAAUUGGAGUUCUAGGACCCAGUUGAUUAGACGUUUUGUAUAGAAGAGAUAGCAGUGGGCUGAAAAUGGAGAGCUGUCAACUGAUGUCUCCUGAUUUCUUGCCGGAGGAACGACUUGAGAUUGAAAAGCUCAAGCUGCACAAGCAGGACCUCCUGGAUGACAUUCAGAAGCUGAAGUGGGAGAUCGAGAAUGUAAUGGCUGAAAUUCAAGAUUUUGAAUCUUCAGAAGAGAACAAAGUACUUGAGAGAGGGAAGCAGAUUUCUAGUGGCAAGAAGAAAUUCAACAUGGACCCAAAAAAGGGUGUCAAUUACCUGGUAGAAAAUAACCUGCUGGAGUGGAAGCCCCAGAGCAUUGCUGAGUUCCUGUAUAAAGAAGAAGGUCUCAAUAAGACUGCUAUAGGGGACUUCCUGGGAGAAAGAGAGGAGAUGCAUCUCCAGAUCCUAAAAGCGUUUGUGGAAAUUCAUGAGUUUUCUGACCUCAACCUUGUCCAGGCUCUGAGACAGUUCCUGUGGAGUUUCCGCCUUCCUGGUGAGGCACAAAAGAUCGACCGUAUGAUGGAAGCUUUUGCCACUCGCUACUGUGAAUGCAAUCUAGAUGUCUUCCAGUCCACUGACACCUGUUACAUCCUCUCAUUUGCCAUCAUAAUGCUGAACACCAGCUUGCACAACCCCAAUGUGAAGGACAAGACCACACUGGAGCGCUUCAUCAGUAUGAACAGAGGCAUCAACAACGGCGAAGAUCUUCCCAAUGAGCUUCUCACGAAACUGUAUGAGAGCAUACGGAACGAGCCGUUCAAAAUCCCAGAGGAUGAUGGGAACGAUCUGACGCACACAUUCUUCAACCCUGACCGGGAAGGCUGGCUUCUCAAACUGGGAGGAAGAGUGAAGACAUGGAAGAGGAGAUGGUUUAUCUUGACUGAUAACUGUCUCUACUACUUUGAAUACACCACAGACAAAGAACCGAGAGGGAUCAUUCCUCUAGAGAACCUCUGUGUCAGAGAAGUCAUCUACACACGCAAACCGUACUGUCUGGAGCUGUAUAACCCCAACAGUAAGGGACAGAAGAUCAAAGCAUGCAAGACUGAGACAGACGGCAGGGUGGUGGAGGGGAAACAUCAGAGCUACACGAUAUGUGCUUCAACAGCUGAAGAGAGGGAUGACUGGAUCGAAGCUAUCAGGGCCAGCAUCACAAAGGAUCCAUUUUAUGACCUAGUCUCCGUGAGAAAGAAGAAAGUCAUCAAGCAAACACCACAGGAUUGAUUACAGCAGAGCACCAUGGGAUAUGGAGUGAGAAAUGACACACACUGCAGUCUGCAUGGAGCAGAAGCAGAAUGAUUGGACUGAAAGUUUACUCACAUUACUGACAUCACUGUGUAUAAUCAAACAGGAAGUGAAGAGAAACAGUCCUUUUCGUCUCUGCUGUUUCUAUGGAAAAAAACCCAACACAGUAGUUUGUAGAAGUCCUUUUUAAAAGACCUUCAGCCUGUGUUAUUUACAAUCUGUUUGAAAUUGCCUAAUGCCUCGGUCACAACCGGCCGUACGUGCUCCUACGGCCGGUCUACGUGCAAGAAACGCACGGAGGCGCGCGUGUGACGUGCUGAUUUUCGAGCCGUAGACUGGCCGCAGAGGUUCUUUGUCAUGUCAAACAAACUCUACGGGCGCUUACGUUUUUUUCAGGUUGCAAGACAAACUUACGGCCAACGUGCGUCUUUCUCCACGAACAAAAAAAAACGCAGCGAUUUGGGAAACGCCAAAAAUCGCACGGCCAAAAAAUCGUACGUCCGGUUGUGACCUAGGCUUAAAGAGGUCAUUUAAAGCCUUGAGGAGGCAGUUUUGAAAUCUAAGUAUUAUUCAUGUACUUAUAUUUUAUUGGUCUCAUGGACCUGCACGGCGUCUUAGGGAAUUGUGUAAUAAUAGCCAAAGCUGGACAUUUUGAAAAGAGUGUUUUCCUUGUGGGAAAUGAAGCCUCUUCAGUGAGACAGUCAGUGUCGGAAGUGGGUUUUUUUUCUCUUUCUACACACAAGCUAAUCUGAAAUCUGAUGAAUCCUCCAACACUUAACAUCAGCUCACUUUCUGGUUUGAUGUUUGGAUAUCAUAUUACUUGUCUGUUGCUCUGGAUUAAAAAUCAAAUUCUGAGCAAAUCAAUGUAAAUAGGUGUGAUGGUAUAGUUGUAGAGAUUUUCAAACCAUAACACGUGGAGUAGGCUCUAAACACACAGAGUAGAACCGAUGUCGUCUCUCAGAGCCGGACUCAGUGAGGAUUUAAUACGGAGAUUGCACACGUCGGUUUUCAGAUCUGAGAUAGAACUAUCGAUUUAAGGGCUCUUCAGGAGUUAUACACAUGGGGCGGAAUUUGCCGAAAAUAGUGGUGUUUCAGUUGUGCCCAAGCUGAAAUUUAUGUUUUAAGCUGUAAAUACGCUUACAAAAUGGAAUGCCAAGAAUUGAGGCCAAUAUUAAAUACAUACGUACAAUAUGACCGAAUUAGUUCAUCAGUUGAUUCGUUAAACAAACUAACCGGAAAACUGCAUACUCUGAAUCGGCAUAAAUUUCCACGCGUAAAUAUUGACGAAACUUUUGGACUUAAGUCACCGGCUCAGUCGGUUAAAAUGUAUGAACAAUUUCUGCAAUUUAUAUUUGGAAAGAAUGGUGGAAUCAUUGAGAGAUAUCAUUUGACAUCAAGGUGUUUGAUAACUGAAAAAGUAAAAACAAUUCUUAGGGUGCUUUCACACGUUUUCUCUUUUCCAAAGAAACAUGUUUUAAAGGUAAUCCAGUGGGAAGUUGCCGCCAAAAGCAGCACUUUAAAAAAGCGUUUCCAAAAUUGUUUAACGUUUCCUGGCCAAUCAGGUCACAAGUUCAGGGGGCAAGCAUAAAAAACAAACAAACCUGGAGGACAGUGUACUUGAAAAAAUGUUCAUGUAAAGCAAGGUCUUAUAAAUAAAAUUACGUCAUGAAUGAAAAUAUUCCAACAUUGCAACGAAACUAAAAAAUAAGAACUUGUCUGCAUUUUGGACAUUCACUGUGGUUUGCUUUGUGACAUCACCCUUUAACCAUGGCUGCAUACACUCAAUUCUUGUCUUGAUUUUCUGCCUUCAAAACAACAGUAAAGCCAAACGCCAUCCUUUAUUUCUUCUUUGUUGUUACUACUAAUAAUAAUCUAGAUAGCUAACUAGCCAAGUUAGUUAGCUGACACUAGCUCAGCCUGGUAUGAGCAUUGUUAUGGUUACACAUCUCAUAAACUGCUUUUAUUUUGUAUCAACAUGAACCAUGCUACAGCUAGCUUUUAGCUUUUUGGUAAAGCUCAGAAAAGGGUGACAGCUCCUGGACAGUGUUUUGUAGUAGAUGAAACCUGUAGUGUGCAGGGACAAUAACAGCACACAACGUUCUAUGUUUCAAAAAAUUAGAAUAUUGUGAAAAUUCAAUAUUUUCCAUCAGUUACUUUAGAAAGUGAAAAUGUAAUAUAUUCAAGACUCAUUAAACAUAAAAUGCUUCAAGCAUUUUUCUAUUUUAAUUUUGAUAAUUAUGGCCUAUGGUGCAAAAAAAAAAAAAUCUAAAAAAUUAUGAGAACAUUUCAUUUUGAGUAAAACAGUAGUGACCGAAAGAAUGAGAUCAUGGAUACAAGCGGUUGAAAUCAGUUUUCUCCGCAGGGUGGCCGGGCUCUUAGCAAUAGGGUGAGAAGCUCGGUCAUUUGGGAGAGGCUCAGAGUAGAACCGCUACUCCUCCAUAUUGAAAGGAGUCAGUUGAGGUGGUUCAGGCACCUUGUUAGGAUGCCCCCUGGAUGUCUCCCAAGGGAGGCUCUCUGGGCAUGCCCCACCGGGAAGAGACCCUGGGGCAGACCCAGGACACGCUGGAGAGAUUACAUCUCUCGGCUGGCCUGGGAACGCCUCGGUAUUCCCCCGGAAGAGCUGGUGGAGGUGGCGGGGGAGAGGGAGGUCUGGGCGGCUCUACUUAGGCUGCUACCCCUGCAACCCUGACCCAGAAAAGCAGUAGAAAAUGGAUGGAUAAAAGAGUACAAAUACAGUGUACCUCUCGGUCUAGUUCAGAACACACAACCACAAUCAUGGGGAAGACUGCUGACUUGACAGUUGUCCAGAAAAUGAUCAUCGACACCCUCGACAAGGAGGGUAAACCACAGAAGGUCAUUGCUGAAAAGGCUGCCUGGAAAAGGUGUGCAAGCAACAGACAUGAGCGCAGCCUUGAGAGGAUUGUUAAGAAAAGUCAAUUCAAGAACUUGGGAGAGCUUUACAAGGAGUGGACUGAGGCUGGUGGAGAAAGAACUGGACUGUUUCUCAGUGGUCCAAAGUCCUCUUUUCAGUAAAUUUUGCAUUUAUUUUGGAAAUCAAUGUCCUAGAGUCUGAAGGAAGAGUGGAGAGGCACAGAAUCCAAGGUGUUUGAAGUCCAGUGUGAAGUUUCCGCAGUCUGUGAUGAUUUGGGGUGCCAUGUCACCUGCCAAUAUUUGUUCACCGUGUUUUAUCAAGUCCAAAGUCAAUGCAGCCAUCUACCAGGAGAUUUUAGAGCACUUAAUGCUUCCAUCCGCUGACAAACUUUAUGGAGAUUGCGAUUUCCUUUUCCAGCAGGACUUAGCACCUGCCCACAGUGCCAAAAGUAUAACCGAAUGGUUUGCUGACCCUGAUAUUACUGUGCUUGAUUGGCCAGCCAAUUCACCUGACCUGAACCCCAAAGAGAAUCGAUGGGGUAUUGUCAAGAGGAAGGUGAGAAACACCCAACCCAAAAAUACAGAGGAGCUGAAGGUCACUAUCAAAGCAACCUGGGCUUCAAUAACACCUCAGCAGUGCCACAGGCUGAUCACCUCCAUGCCACGCUGCAUUGAUGCAGUAAUUCGUGAUUGAAGGAGCCCCAACCAAGUAUCUGACAUUUCUGGAUUGUAAAUCCUUCUUUGAUUGAUCUGAGGAAAUAUUCUAAUAAUUUGAGAUACUGGAUUUCUGAUUUUCAUGAGCUCCAAGCCAUAAUCAUCAAAAUAAAAAAGGUUUGAAAUAUUUUACUUUUCUUGUAAUGAAUAUAGAAUACAUGAAAGUUUCCCUUUUUGAAUUAAAUUACAAAAAGAAAUGAACUUUUUCAUGAUAUUCUAUUUUUUUUUAGAUGCAUUUGUGUGUGUGUAGAUAUUAAUAUACACCAUAUGUGUUGUGUGGAUAUUAUGCUUGAAUAAAAAGAAUAAAACUUUGAUUAUUUAUCACUAAACAAAGAAUGGUAAAUACUGUAAAUAUAAGUUUGCUGUACAUGUGCAAUUCUAUACAUAGGAUGUAGGUCUGAUUUGUGUGAUUUUUUUUUUUAAUUAAGUGAAUCACAUCAUUAUUAAAGUCUUUGUUUUAUUUAA